GAAGAAGAAGAACGCUCUUCUUUCUCUCUCUUUUUGUUUUUUUUACAUGCCCAAGGACUUCGUCGGGAACUUGGAAGUAGUCAGAGUGAAAUAAAAAGAACCAAUCCCUUUAAAUAAACACCGACAAUAAUGUGAACAACGAACUGUGCUUCAUUUACACCGAACCCGACGUAGUUUAACAUACUUUGUGCUAGACUGUGUUAAUAUGUGACAGCGAGCUUCAGUGAACUUAUUUAAAACUACUAAAGACAGGUGAAUUUUAUCAUGUCUUCACCUAAGUUUAACGCUGGACUUGGAAGUUCUGCUACGUCAGCUAAUGUUGAGGCCGGACUCGUUUGCGAAGGAGUGAACAACCAGAGCUACAUCUGUGAAUCUGGCCACUGCUGUGGACAAGCAGACUGCUGCAGUAACGUCUAUGAAUUGUGGUGGUUCUGGCUUGUAUGGGCUGCAAUUAUUAUCCUGACAGGCUUUUGCGUGUGUCAACACUGGCGAGCCAAGCAGCAUUUCCAGCAGCAGCGCCGGCAGAACGAGAUCAACCUGAUUGCCUACAGGGAGGUUCACAACAACUCUCAGCUGCCCCUCUAUCUUCGACUUUUGCCUGUUUAUCUGCUACCAGCCUAUGAAGAGACAGUCAACCGACCAGCAACCCCUCCACCUCCCUACACACCUCUCCAGUUGGUACCGCCAUCCUGUGACCCUCCUGAGGAAGUCUAUAGCCCCCACUCGGCCGUCUCCAUUCCAUGUGACGCUAACGUAGCACUUAGUGGGGCUCCAGACACGACGCAGUUCUAUUCCAGCAGUACCAACGGCCCUAAUAAGGACUCAACAGCAGGCCGGUAUCGGCGCUUCACUGGGGAUUCUGGGAUUGAAGUGUGUGAAGGCCAGGACCAUCCAUGGGAUCAGCAUGAGUUUUUUGACAGAGAAGAAAUGUUAGAAGAGGAGGGAUUGAGGGGAAAGGAUGAGCCAGAUGACCUUACUGAUCCCCAGACUGCUGAACGGGGUCUUGCUGGUGGACCUGCAGCUGAUAACACCCAAACAAAGUCUUCAGGGUGAUGAAGUCUGUCUUGUAUUUUUGGAAUGUUGCACCUUUUGUACUAAGACGUUGGCUCUUUCUGCAGACCUAUUUACUCAGGCUAUGGGUAUUCGGUUCAUUAACCUAAUAGUUUGAUCGCUUGAUUUGUACAUGAAUACUUGAAAAUGGUCACUUUUUAGUCUUAAUCCACAAGACGAUGUGGAUUAGGAACAGAAUGGGCCUUAAAAAGGAUGAGGGUUGGUGUAGAACACCAGGUAAUAAUCCAGUUAGAAGGGAAAAGAAAUGCAGUUGUACAUUAUAGACCAGCUGUAAGCUGGUGUGAAGUUAAAGUGUUGCACAGUGGGAUUCAGUACGGUUGUUUGAAAGCACUGAGCAGCCUCAACCUGUUGAGUUUAGCUACAUGAUGCACCCGUCUGAGAUUCCUCACUACAUUACCAAAGAGAAUGUUGAAGCAUGUGGGGUGACAUAUUUUACCUUCACUGGGGGGGGGACAUGGAUCAUGUAGCAAUAGAUUUUCCAGGACGCAUGAAACAUCUAAAACAGUUUUUUUUUUUUUUUCUCAACACAAUCUGAGCCUCACUUUAUUAUGUGCCGUUUUAAGCUGAUUAUCUACCUGCUUCAGGAGAAGAACUGAAACUCAGUAUGAACAAGGCCAAAAUAAUGAGCCUUUUCAUGCGUACUGUAUUUCAGAUUUUAUCUCAACCAUAUGUCUCAUUAGUAAUGAGAUGGUAUGCAUGUUUGUUUGUUUUUUUUUUUUAAUAAAUGUAUUUUUAUCAUUUUAAAUGUGUUACUAAAACAACGGCUACACGUCC